CGGAGGAGUAGCAUGGGGAGGGGCCGUUGCCUGGAAACGACGGUGGAUGUUAGUGGAAGCAGCAAAAAUGGAGAAGUACGAAAAAAUCAAAGUUGUCGGAAGAGGCGCUUUUGGGAUUGUUCACCUCUGCAGGCGCCGGACUGAUGGCGCCCUGGUGAUCCUGAAGGAGAUCCCUGUGGAGCAGAUGACCCGUGACGAACGGCUUGCAGCCCAAAACGAGUGCCAGGUGCUGAAGUUGCUGAAUCACCCCAACAUCAUCGAGUACUACGAGAACUUCCUGGAGGACAAGGCUCUGAUGAUCGCCAUGGAGUAUGCACCAGGCGGAACGCUGGCCGACUACAUCCAGAAACGCUGUAACUCGCUGCUGGACGAGGACACCAUCUUGCACUUCUUUGUGCAGAUCCUGCUGGCGCUCCACCACGUCCACAACAAGCUCAUUCUACACCGGGACCUCAAGACCCAGAACAUCCUGCUGGACAAACACCAGAUGAUCGUCAAGAUCGGCGACUUCGGUAUCUCCAAGAUCCUCGUCAGCAAGAGCAAGGCCUAUACUGUGGUGGGCACCCCCUGCUACAUCUCUCCAGAGCUGUGUGAGGGCAAACCCUACAACCAGCGGAGUGACAUCUGGGCCCUAGGCUGUGUGCUGUACGAGCUGGCCAGCCUGAAGCGGGCCUUCGAGGCCGCGAACCUGCCUGCUCUGGUCCUGAAGAUAAUGAGUGGCACCUUUGCGCCCGUCUCGGACCGGUACAGCCCCGAGCUCAGGCAGCUGGUGCUGAACAUGCUGAACCUGGACCCAUCCAAGCGGCCGCAGCUCAGCGAGAUCAUGGCUCAGCCCAUCUGCACCCGGCCGCUGCUCAACCUCUAUACCGACGUCGGCAACGUCAAGAUGCGCCGGAUUGAGAAGCCGCUGUCCGCCGUACAGGCAGGUGUACACGCUAGGCCGGCAGGACGAUGGCCAAACUCCAGGCUGAGGGCAGAUGGGACCCUGGGCCCCGGGAAGAUGGUGCACGCCCUGCCCCUGUCCUCCGUCUACACCUGGGGCAGCGGCAUCUCCACCCCCCUCCGCCUGCCCAUGCUCAACACAGAGGUGCUGCAGGUGUCCCUGGGCCGUACACAGAAGAUGGGCGUCACCAAGUCCGGCCGCCUCAUCACCUGGGAGGCACCCUCAGUGGGGUCUGGAGAGCCCGCCCUGCCUGGCGCCACAGAGCAGAUACAGCCCCAGUUCAUCUCUCGCUUCCUCGAGGGCCAGUCUGGGGUCACCAUCAAAUCUGUGUCAUGCGGAGACCUCUUCACCACCUGCCUGACAGACAGGGGCAUCAUCAUGACGUUUGGGAGUGGAAGCAACGGCUGCCUCGGCCAUGGCAACUUCAAUGACGUCGCACAGCCCAAGAUCGUGGAGGCCUUGCUGGGUUAUGAGCUGGUGCAGGUGUCCUGCGGAGCAUCACAUGUGCUUGCCGUGACCAAUGAGAGGGAGGUAUUCGCCUGGGGGCGGGGCGAUAACGGCCGACUGGGUCUGAACUCCCAGGACUCCUUCAGCUCCCCACAGCAGGUGUGCAUGCCGGAAGAGUUUGAGCCCCAGCGGGUGCUGUGCGGGGUGGACUGCUCCAUUGUUGUGGGGGUGCGACACACCAUCCUGGCCUGCGGCAGUAACAGGUUCAACAAACUGGGCCUGGAUCAGAUUGCCGGUGCAGACGAGCCACCACCCUCAGAUCAAGUGGAGGAAGUGCACACGUUCAGCCCCAUCCAGUCAGCACCCCUGAACAGAGAGAAGAUCGUUUACAUCGACAUUGGAACGGCCCAUUCUGCCGCAGUCACGGAGACAGGCCGGUGCCUCACCUUCGGCAGCAAUCAGCAUGGGCAGCUGGGCUGCGGCACCCGCAGGAGCAGCCGGGUGCCCUACCUGCUGCCCGAGCUGCAGGGCAUCACCAUGGCAACAUGCGGGGAUGCUUUCACCCUGGCCAUCAGCGCAGAUGGGGAGGUGUACACCUGGGGCAAAGGGGCCCGCGGCCGGCUGGGCCGGAAGGAGGAGGACUCGGGCGUCCCCAAGGCCGUGCAGCUCGACGAGAGCCACCCCUUCACCGUCUCCUCGGUGGCCUGUUGCCAUGGCAACACUCUGCUGGCCGUGAAACCUUUACUGGAGGAGUCAGGUCCCAGAUGAGCCCUCAACUGGAUUUUUUACACUCCCUUCCCUUCUAUUCACCUUUCUGCCCCCAGCCUGCACUAUCGCAAGACUGAGGGUGGGGGGGGGGGAGGGGGUGGGACACAAUGAAGAAUGACUUCCUGUGAAUGGACCCAUGCAUGGACUUCCUGGAUUUCACAAGCUGAUCUCUGAACAAAAGCAAACAACUGAUCCUGUGUGUUUUGGAGGACUGCUCUGUGUGUACAUAAACGCCAUAUACAUAUGUAUAUUUUUUAAGUCUUAGUUCAGAAUACUUUAUACCUCUUUGAGAGUCGACCGAAAGCUGGAUUGACUUGAAUACUUGUACCGGCCUUUCCCAGGAUGCUUUGCAAUUGGGGGUCCGCAGUCCUGGCCUGGGGGCCCGUGUGACUGUCCGCUGGUCUGCCAGCUCCCUUUAACCCGCCGAAAAUGUCACUCUGCUGAAAAAAGCCUCGAUUAGCUCGGGUAGCCAGUUAAUUAGUUCCAUCAGGCGCUUAAGGGCUUAGGAAGACAGGAAAGCCUUCUGUGCAUCAGCCUGUUGGGUUCUGUGACGGGGGGUGACCCCUGCUUUACAUAACCGUAAAUGUGCAGCUGGGUUCCAGCAUGAGUGUCUCGCGGUGCUUAAUGCAGCCGUUCAAUGGCAUGUGGAGGCUGGAUCCCAAGUGACAGUAACUGACAGCAGCCCCUGGCAUAUUUAAGCACCCGGGACACUGUGGCCAGACACAGGGUAAAAGAACGGUCCUUUGCUAUAGUCAGAACGCAGUUAAAUCAGGAUGAACAAAAAGCAUGUUCACUGAGUCUCACUGCGCCACAGGCUCCUCGUCCCCACAGAAAAUGGGAUUUGGAGAAUCCAGGUUAGUCCCAUAAGCCUUGGGCUGCAUGAGAUGACAAUAGUGCCACGAGUACUCGGUAAUCAUGGCGUCAGUCCUGGCUUGGUACGAUAGAACUGUGAUGAUGUCACUUCCUGCAGACAUUAGCUGCCUGCUUCUCAUCACGUGUGUGACAGAAUGAAAGGAAUGAGAGCAAUGACUGUGUGUUUUCUAAAUGUCUAAAUUACGGGUUGGAAAAGAAUGGUGAUCUAAAGGAGAAAACGUCGGACAGGAAAGAAAACAUCGAAUUUCGUAAUGUCCUGUUUGCCCAAGGUACUGGUCGCUUACCAAGGUUGGCAGAGCUGCAGGUAUUAAUGGUUGUAUGUGUAAUGGUUAAUUUCAUGACUGACGGCCUGUGAUAUGCAUCAUGCAUUCACGCCUCUGGGUGAGGCAGGCCUUCAGCCCUCACGAGCCAGAUUAGGUCAAAAGGCCAGUAAUUUCCUCUGCUCCUAUAGCCCAAAGCAACUGGAAAAGGGUAAGAUGAAUACAAAGCCAUGCUAAUCUUUUACGAUCCCUUGCACAAUACACACCCUCAAAUGGCAAAUUUUCCACCUUGUUCUUCAGAAGAGCUAACCUUCAUUGGACACUUGCAGCAUUGUCAACUCUUGCGCAUCUGGAACUCAGACUUUCAGACUCAAGCUCAGGCAAGAAAUCUUACGUCAAAUCUAAAUUGUUCCAUUAUAAACCUAAAAUUAGCCACAUCAGAAGUGCUGGGGGUAGUUUGCAAACUCUACAGACUAUUUACAAGGUAAUAAAACUGUUACAUAUAUGUAAAUGCGUGUGCAGACUUGUCUGAAUAGCUGACGGAAGCUGGCACCCCUGCAUAUGGAAGACAGUUCAGGUAUUUCUCAUGCUAAACAUGUAUUUCUCGAGAAUAAUGAAAAGGGGAGGUGAAUUCCUA